GUGGUUUCACAAGCGCUUUUUGCAACUGCAUUUUCCAGCUUGUCAGCCGCUUUUCCUCUGCUGCUUCUUACAAGGGAAUCUUCUGUGGUUUUAGUAAUUUUAAAAGAGUUACCAUAAGAAAUGGCAGAGUCCAAGGUAGGGAAGUUAAAAGUACCGGCGGACAUGCCGAUCAAAAUGCCGAGUCUCUCAGGCGGUGUGCUCAGGGUUCCGGAUAUCUCCAAAUUGAAAGACCUCACUGCAAAAGUUCCAAAGGAAAUCCCAAAAAUUCCCAAAUUUGAACCAAAAAAGCUGGUUGUGAAAGGGCUCGUAAAACUUGGACUACAGAAACAUCAUUGUCUAAACGCCAGGAAGACGGCAGCGUGUUGCAAGUCGUGCUGGGUUUGCUGCUGUAUCUGCUAUUCUAGGAUACCCUGUAUCACGCUUAUCGCAGCCUUCUGGCUCGCCUUGGGCUACACGGGCUUCGCACUUGGCCUCUACGAGGGCGUCUUUCACCUCAACAAGUUUCUCAAGAUGGACAUGAUCGGUAUGGCGCGGAUGGGUAUCAUGGCACUUGGUCUUUUCCUCGGUGGCAUGUCAGGGCUCGCAGUGCUUAAUGGGAUUGCAGCUACAGGGCGCACGCGGUACAAUGUGUACAGCGGUUGGAAGUCCAAACUCACCGGAAGAUGCUGCAUCAUAUUGCUAUUCGGAUGGCAUGGUCUGGUGUGGCUUAUCUGGACCAUCAUGGGGCCACUAUUGCUAUUUCCCGUCAUCGUGAUGGGUAUCGCGUUCGCCGUCUGCCAGGUGAAGCUUGUCAAGCAGCUCGGAAAGACGUGCAUCGAAUUCAAAGAGUACGGCAUCGAUGACAUCGUCAAGAUGGACGUUUUGUGUGGACAUGACCUAAUCGAGUUUUGUGGCGCGAUGACUGGAGCGACUCCAUAUUUUGUUGCUGCGUUUGUCGGAGGGAUUUUUAUCAUCAUUGGCGUCAUGAUAAUGCUCCUUGCCCUGGCUGUCAACGUUAUCCUUGUGCACAAGCAUCGCAAGGAGACCAGACCCAGCGAAAUAUCCACGUGUCGCGUGUGUUGCAAUAUCCGGGACCCUGAAAAAUACGACGACUGCUGGCCUGAGCCGCCGGUCGAGGAGGUGCAACUGAGCAUGCGACAAAAGCUACUUAAAGACAAGGGUGAUAAAGCCGGCUUUGAACACAACCCACAUGGACAGGAAAAGUGGAGUUACGUGUACGACUACCACAGGGAGCCCAAGCCUGCUGGGAAACGAUACUAAACACAGGGAACCCAAACCAGAAAAAAAAUAAAAACUAUAACACAGGGAGCACAACUAACUGGAAAUGUUUACUGAACGGGGAAAGAAGCCCGCUAGGAAAUCCCAAGGGAAUAAACAAUAAACAAACAAACAGUUAGUGAAAGGCCCUUGUUGAUUGGAUAAAAGAUGCAUGCGAAAAGAGAGAGAGGUAUUUUUUUGGCACUAAGAAAUUGCAACAUAACUUUUUAAUUGCAGAUAACCAUUGUCGUGUUUUUGACGUAAAACCGGAAAUAGCGUAGUCCCCAGAAACUGCUUGGCUUUGAUGGACAGAACAUACACCCUAAAACUUCAUUAGAGAAAUUGCGUCAAGAAAGCAAAGAUAAUAGCAAUGACAUAAGAAAAUAAAAUUUUAAUAAAAAGAAGAAAAAGUA